GUGGUCGGGUUUUGGUCAAAUUGGGAUGAAUCCAAAUUUGCCCCAAGUACAAGGAACUAGGUCGGGACCAUCACAAGGGCAAGGAGCAAAUGAGGGUCAGCCACAACAUGCUCUGCCACCCCAGGGGAACCAAGGUCAAAAUCAAUUUCAAGGACAAGGACAUGGUCAAGGACAUGGUAGGAGUAAAAAUAGAGGAAGAGGAAAUGACCAUGGAGGAAGAGGAUUCGAAGGAUGAGGAAAUGGCGGACAAGGAGGGAAUUGGGGACCUUAGGGAGGUGCUCAGUCUGGGAAUUACAAUCAAACUGACUGAUGAUCCAGUAACAAUUGAGGCUGAAACGAAGCAGGUAGAUCAGCACCUGCUGACAAUGGGGAGAGUACACUGUCUUGUCAACUCACUCCUGCAAGUUCAGGCUGAAAAUGAAGGAGAGAUAGUAAAGGCGGACGAGGUAGUGCUGGGGGAUGAUCUCGAGUUUGAUGAGGAUAUGAAAGGAGAAGAGUUUGAACAAGGGGUAAUCUCAGAAGAUUUCCAAGAAAAAGAAUAUGAUGGGUUCCAUCUAGAAAUGAGACUUCUUCCCUCCGGGGAUAAGCGAGAAAGGGAUGUUAGUAAAAAGACUCUUCGUAUGAGAGAUCACUACAUGGUAAGGGAAAACCAUCUCUUCAUCAGGGAUAAAAGAGGACCUCCCAGGAGAGUCAUUUGUGGAAGGAAUCGACAGAUCAAUGUCAUAGCAGCUCUUCAUGACGGACCCGUAGGUGGUCACAAAAGUUUUGCCACUACCAUCAAGAAGGUGACCGAACUGUACUUUGGGAAGAUACAAGGAACCUCUACAUCCAAGGUAUAUCAAGGAUGUGGGGGUAGUGAUCUACCUGGAUCUCUUGACAUGCCAUUGGGACUUGGAGGUUAUAAUUAUAUCUUUGAUGCCCGAGAUAAUCUUACAGGAUUUGUUGAUGGAAAGGUCAUCCGGGCCAAGACUGGAGCAGUCUUGGCUGAAUGCAUCAAAGAGUACUACCUCCGAUAUCCUUUCGUAAAGAAAUUUACAAUGGACAUGGGAUCUGAAUUUACGUGUGGGGAAGUGAAGGAGUUGCUAAACGAGCUUGGAGUUAGUGCCAAGUAUACGACCAGGGCGCAUCCUCAGGCAAACGCAACAGUUGAAAGGGAACACAGUACUAUCACUAACUUGCUGGCAAAGUGGACAGCUGGGAGGCCUAACCUGUGGCCGAAGUUCCUGCGAACAGUGUUUUUUGUCGAGAACAUCACAGUCAAAAGAACCACAGGUUAUGCCCCUGCAACCUUGUGGUAUGAAAGGCAUGCAACGUUUCCGAUAGAAAGUUUCUUAAAGACGUGGCGAAGAAAGGAUCUUGAGAACGAUAUGCCUCUGGAGGAGUUACUUGACAUCAGAGCUAGGCAAGUCAGUAUCAUUGAAGAAAGGAUUCAAGAAGCACUGACGACAGUGACUGACAGUCGUGGGAAGGACAAAGAAAUAUGGGAUAGAUCUCCGCGUGUACGAGAAAAACCAUUGGAGAUCGGAGAUAUAGUACUGUUAUACGACUCCUCAUUUGAAAAGCAAUGGUUAAGGAAAUUGGACAAAAGAUGGUUGGGACCCUAUAGAGUCAGGCGCAGAGGAAAUCAUGGAGCCUAUGAGCUUGAAGAAAUGGAUGGAACACCAAGAAAGGAUUGGAUUUCAGGAUCUACGCUAAAGAAGUUCAACAUGAGACAAAAGGCUGACAUGUGGGCAAAGUAUGGGGAUUUGACGGGAGAUGAGAUCGAAGAUGAUAUCAUCUUCGAUGGUACAAACUUGAAGGACUUCGAGGAUAGUAUCAACCUUUGCGCAGCGAAAAGGAGGUGGGGAGAGAAAAAGAAGAUGCAACAAGUAAUGAAGAGAAUAGCACCGAGGGAAUAUGAGCCAGUAAAAAAGGUCAAGGAGGAAUCAGAUAUCUGGGGAGGUUUCCUUGUCAAAAUGAGAAAGGCCUAUUCCUUGGAGAUACAGCGGCAGAACAGAAAACAACUACUUCAGGAACAGGGAUUGUGGAUUGGCAAGAGAGGAAAUAGGAUGGGGAGAAAAGCUCAGAAGGCGAAUGGGGGAAACGACACAUCUUCUCGACAGGAAGAUGACGAGGCUAGGGCUCAAGGUGGAGAUGACUCAAUGAGGGAAGGUAAAACACGAAGGGAGGAGCGCAGUGAGAAGGAAGUGGAAGGCAGUGGUGUGACUAGAAAGGUAAAGAAGGGAAGUGAGACGAUGAAGGAAGGAAAAGGAAAGGGAAAGAAUGAUGAGAAAGUUGAAGAGGCAGGACCAUCUGGAACUGUUGACGUACCUACUUCCGAUGAACCUCCAAGAGAACAUGGCUCAAGGAGAUUGAUAGAGGAAGAAAGGCAGAGGAGAGAGGAAGAUAACAAGGAAUGGAGGAAUCAAGUUGUGGCUUCGUUAAAAGAGAAGGAGUUGCCUUCAGACGCACCCUGGAGCCUGAAGCUGGAAAUGAUACUACUCUCUGAGAUUGUGGUCAGUUCCAAGCUAGCUUCUGGUGUAAACAGGUUGAUCCGGUUGCAUGAACUGCUCAAGGAAGAUUGUGAAUGGCUCCUUGAAGGGGAGACAGAAAUGACCGAUAAGUUGGGAAGAGUGGAGGAAGGAAGAAGAAUGGAAUGGGAUCCCCAUUCAGGAACUCCAGGACAGAAUAAGGGAAAAAACAGAGUUGCUCACGCUGGGGGUGGCGCGCCACGGGAGCAACGGGAGCCGUUCCGGGAGGACAUGACCUGCAGUAGGGACCGCGUCGUGUGGACUUGGGUCACUCCUGGGCAGAUGCUGCCGGGCAAUGCUCGUGGGUCGAGAAGACUGCGGUGCAAACUCUGCAACAAGGAGUACUCCGKUAAUCGGAAGYGUGCGUGGGAGCACUUCAUUUUGGCGAGGGCGUCUGCCAGGUGUCCACAUUCGAACCUGUCGAUUUGGAGGAGGCUGCAUGGCAUCGGUGUACAACUGCCACCGAACCUGCAUGAGAGGGUGCAGCGCGUGUUGGAGAUAGAGAAGAGCGACGAGGGGGACACUCUUGUUCUGGGUGGAGGAGAAGGGGGCGAAGGCGGGAUCGCCGAGGAUCCCGGGGAGGCACCGGGUGGGGACACCAUGGAGGUUGACAUCGGCGAGGAUGAGGGGACGAGGGGUGUUGUGACAGGCGGCCUUGCUACUGCAGGGAGGGCCGGUUCCUCGCAGGCUGUGGUGCAGGGGGCGCGCACACAUGGCCCGACGAGGCAGACGAGCAUCAGGAGGUUUGCGAAGAACCCGAGGCAGGAGGACAUGGAUGACUCCUGCUGCGAGUUCUUCGUGGAGAACGCCAUACCGUUCAACGUUGCCAGAAGCAGGAGCUUCAAGAAGUUAAUGCGGACGUGUAUCGGACCGCAGCCUGUUGGGAGUCAUCCACUCGUGCCUACUGGGUAUAACCCCCUCAGGUGUCGCCUGCUCGAUCGUUUGAACAAGAGGUUGGUGGAUGAGGAGCAGGCGAUCCGUGACGACUGGCAGGUGACUGGUUGUACAUUCAUAACUGAUGGCACCACAGACAUACGUGGGCGAUCACUUAUGAACUACAUCCUCGCAGGCCGAUCGAAGCCUGUUUUCGUGAAGUGCGAGGAUGUGAGCGAGGGAGACAAGGACUCUGCAGCUGUCGUUGCCGGGUGGAAGCUGUUCUUCAGAGAGUGGGGGGUGGACAAGAUCACGACGAUAUGCACUGACUCUUUCGCCGGGAACACGAGUGCUGCGAGGAUGUUGAGGGAGGACCCCGAGUUCGCGCAGAUCUAUUGGAUCCCUUGCACGACGCAUUGCAUGGACCUCCUGAUGCACGAUACAGGCAAGGAGUGGGCGGAUGAGAUCAUCACCAAGGCCAACAAAAUAGUGAACUUCUUCCGGGUUCACAGGUGGCCUCGGUCGCGGUUGAGGACGCAACUGUUGAAGUACCCUGACUUGAAAUGCACCUGCCUCCUUCGGCCUGCUCAAACAAGGUUCGGGACAAACUAUGUGAUGCUGCAGCGACUUGAGGUGUGCGAGAGGGCCAUCGUGCGUAUCGUCACCGGACACGGUUGGGAUAUUAGGGCGAAGGCCUACUUUGUGGAGGAGACAGUUCUUGACAAAGCAUUCUGGGCUGAUGUCAAGAAGCUGACUGCCGUCAUGAAGGGGCCUUAUGAUGUGUUGCGAGAGGUGGACAAAGAUGUCCACUGCUUGUCACGCAUCUAUGAUAUGGCGUGUCGGUUGCCUGGCUUCGUUCGCUCGGCCCCCCUCUCCGCGGACCAGCGAGAUGACCUUCACAGGGAUGUCGGCAAGAGGACGGACAUGCUGCUCAGCCUCAUCCACGCCGUUGCACGUCUGCUGGAUCCUAUGUUGAGGGACAUUACUGUUUUCAGUAAUGUCGACCUCAUGGCACAGUUCGAGAGCGUUGUGGAGCGGCUGAUCGGGAAGAGUGGGAGCUCGAGAUUUGACGACUGCAUGGACCAGUUGUACGAGUUCCAGUUUGGGAGAGGAGUCCUCGGCACCCCGCAGUCAAAGAAACGGGCUGAGAAGGACAAUGCGGUGCUAUGGUGGGAGGCGCAUGGUGCGGGGCAUCCAGAGAUCCGAGAGUUGGCGCUGAAGGUGCUCUCCAUCUGGACGACUUCCUCUCCUGCUGAGAGGAACUGGAGCACUUGGGCUCUCGUGCAGACGAAGUCGAGGAACAAGUUGCACCACCAGCGCACCGAGAAAUUGGUGGCCUCGCACUGGAGCUUGAGGCUCAAGAGUAGGGGGCAGGAUGGGGCCACUGUUGCAGGAGGGUGGUUGGGGCUCGCAGCCGACUGGGAGGACGAGGACUUGGAGGGUGACAUGGCAAAUGUCACAGAGGCAGUUGAUGACAUUGAGGCAGCUGGUGAGGGCACUGCUUCUGCGGUGGGCAACACAAACAUUCGCCCCGAUCCCAUAGCGUCGUCCACUUCGAGAUCGGUGCAGAGGUUAGUGCAGGUGGAGGAGGAAGAUGAGGAUGAGGCCGAUGAGGACGAUGACGACGAUGUCCCCGACGAGGAGUGGGUGGACGAGAGAUCGGACUCAGACAGAUCAUGGACGAGGAGAGAGGGCAUGGUGCCCUAUGUUGAAGGCACACGAUCUGGAUUGAGGUCCCAAACGCGGGCGCGGCCAGAGGCGCAGCAGGGGGAGCAGCAGCAGCAGCACCAGCAGCAGCAGCAGGAGCAGGUUGAGCAGCAGCAGGAGCACGUUGAGCAGCAGCAGGAGCGGGUUGAGCAGCAGCAGCAGCAGCAGCAGCAGGUUGAGCAGCAGCAGGAGUGGGUUGAGCAGCAGCAGCAGCAGGAGCAGCAACAGGAGCAGCAGCAGCAGCAGCAGCAGCAGGAGCAGCAACAGGAGCAGCAGCAGGAGCAGCAGCGUGGGCAAGGGGAUGAGGAGCAGCAGCAGCAUGAGACGGAUGAGGAGCAGCCGCAGCAGAGGGAGAAGGAGCAGCAGCAGCAGAGGGUGGAUCCCGCAAUCCAGCAGGAGACUGCAGUGCAGUCGUCCAGAGAUGUGCACGAGGAGGGUGAGGCAGAGGGCGAGCAGGGUCGCCGCGAGGUGCGAGGAUUUUACGGUUCUUCUCAACGGUGGACUCUCGUUGGGCGGCAUGGAGCACAUCCCGGUCGUGUGUGGGAUCCCCUCGCUUAUCGUGCUUCGCGAGGACGAGGGAGGGCGGCUGCUGGACGUGGGAGAGGGCGGACUCAUGUGGUUGCUCAAGGCAUCGAUGGGGUUGCACGAGGCUCAGGGCGUCCGAGAGGGCGGCCAUGAAAAGAGAAACCACUGGAAGCGGCAGCAGCACCAGCAGGAGCACCAGCAGCAGAGGAGUCAGAUGAUGAAUCCCAUGAGAGUGCACAAUUGCAAAGGAAGAAGAGGACGGAGCCUGCUGCGGAGACG